AUGAAUAACUCUGAUAUAUCACUCCUCAGGUCGGCCAUUGUCGACCUUACAAAGCGUCUAUCACAAGAYGAAACCCCUUCCGUGAAGGGCAAAGGGAAAGGGCCUGCCAAACGGCUAAGCCAUGGCGAUAAGAACCUUCYCGCCAAAAAGCGCCGCCAUGUUGGCUCCACGAGCACAARKACUGACUCAAAGUCAGCCGGCGACGACACUAAUGACAUUGACCCUGACCAAAUGAUGAAUAAAAUCAUCAAUGAAAACAACAGUCUGUCAGAUAACUCAGACGACGACUGCRAUUCGCAAGACUCUAACGAUGAUACGCUCCUCGAGCAGUUAGAGAAGGAAUAYGAGUCGGACGACAUUGUCGGGUCAAAACUUCAACAUAGCCAGCUUGCAAAAUUGCUGGAUAAAAUGUUUAGACAUCGUAUGUCUGAUAAGGWCUUGAAAGAAAAAUUAGAUCGUCAAGAAAGGCCAAAAAAUUGCCAUAACGCUAAAYCUACUAGGGUAAACCCAGGUAUUUMUCGUAAACUGGGAGACUUCACGAAAAAGAGAGACUCAAACAUGUACAAAAUACAGCAAGCCUUGGUAAAAGGCAUCAUACCAGUAGCAAGAAUGACUGACCUGACCAUGUCAGGCCGAUUGAAGAAGGAGUCUAUACAAGAACUGAAGACGCUUGGCCUACAGGCCUUAUCAUUACUUACUCAUGUUAACUAUGAAAUUAACAUGCAGAGAAAACAACUCAUGAAAACAGACAUAGGAAGGGACUAUGCAUCAUUAUGCUCCCCUCAUAUCCCAUUCACUGAUGAGCUCUUUGGAGAUGACCUUCAAAAGCAAUUGAAGGAGAUUGGAGACCAAAAUAAAAUUGGGAAAAAGGUUCACUCCAAAAGUCACCCCAACUAUGCAAACUCUGCAUCUUACUCCCAUUCAAAUUACAAGUACUCUCAUGAUAGAGCUUCAAAAAACUCCAGAGGCCAAGGCUUCAGGCCUUGGCGGAAGAAAGAAGGCCAGAGGCACAAAACAAAGCAGAACCAACAGUCCAAGUAAAUCAACCUAGCUCCAUUGAGCUGGUAAGUGCUACAAAAAAUUUUAGAGCUGGCAACAUAGCUAAAUUUGUUGAUAAUUGGAGGUUGUUAACCUCUGAUAAUAACAUCCUUGAGAUCAUUACUGGCUAUCAUAUAGUCUUUGAGACUUCUCCUUACCAAACUGGAAUACCAUGUGUCCAUUUCUCUAAGGGAGAAGAAGAAAUCAUUUCAACUGAAAUUGACAAAUUAAUGUCCAAACAAGUUAUCACAAAAGCCAUGCAUUGUGAUAAUGAAUUUAUUUCAACAGUUUUCACAAGACCAAAGAAAGAUGGGUCACAUAGACUCAUUCUAAAUUUGAAAAAUCUUAAUGAAUAUGUUAUCUAUGAACACUUUAAGAUGGAAUCCCUGCAAUCAGCUGCACAACUUUUGAAAAAAGGCUCAUGGAUGGCAGUUCUUGAUCUCAAGGAUGCAUACUAUUCAGUGCCAAUAGCCACUGAACAUAGAAAAUACCUUAGGUUUCUUUUUAAAUCAUCACUGUAUGAAUUCACAUGUUUGCCUAAUGGCUUGUCUAGUGCACCAAGAGUGUUCACAAAACUAAU